CCAAACCCAAGAAUCAAGAACAGGAACGAACGAAAGACGAAAGGAACGAUCAAGCACGCACGACCUACCUACCAAAGAAGCUCUUUCUCGUUCUCGUUGUCAUCGUCAUCCAUCCAUUGAAUGCUGCAGUUGUUGGUAUUUCGUUGGCAUUUUUCUUGCUGCUUUGUUGUUCGUAUUUCAUUGUCAUUCUCACAGCAUCAGCAUACACGCAUGCAUGCAUAUCAUAUGGACGUGGGGGUGCAUGGUUUUGCAUGUUUUGUUUCUCUGGGCGCUUCUAGGGACGGUGUUUUGUUCUGUUCUGUUCAAGCUUUUCUGUUCUACUACGCUCUGUUCUAUUCCGUUUGGAUCAAACUUUUCUUCCCUCCUUCCCCCCCUGUCGCACCAUUGUCCCGUUCGCUCUACCAUCAGCCGGUGCGCGUGCCAGUGGCGGAAGCGUACCUACGCAGGGUAGCAGGCGACACUUUUGACGAGAGAGGGGGGAAGGAGGACGGUGGCAGUUGUUUGGUUUAGGUUACGUUGCGUAGGGUAUAGGUGUGGCACUAGGUGUAGGACCGUCUGUUUGUCUGUACGCUGUAUGCUGUACCCUGUAUGCCUAGGUUGGUAGGUAGAUAGGUAGGUAGUGAUUAGCACAUCUCUACUGAGACGCACGACACGCGCUGAGAUGAGCUCGAUCGAGAACGCAAGACUGCCUCGCACGCCUUGCUAACGCUGCUUGCGCCCU